AUGGCUCCUCGGCGAAGGCGCAGGAAACACUCAGCACCGGUGGUUUCCCCUCCAGUGGCCCUGGCCCCUCCAGUCUCAGGUCCCAGCAUUGAUGCACUUGGCUUUCUCUCUUUGGAGAGUAAUGUCCCUGGCCUAUCCCAGGUUAUCCUUCAGAAGCUGAAGCUGAAGAGCUAUGAGGAAUACAAGGCAGUGUUGAAUGGGGGAACACCUGGGUCAGGCUUUGGGAUCCGUAGUCUCAGUGAUAUGUUCCAGCGCCUGGAAGACACCUUCCAAUUCUGUGCCCAGUGCAGAGUGCUUCCUGACCAACUCCCUGACUCUAAGAGCCUGAGACGCUGUAAGAGGUGCAGAAAUGUCUAUUACUGUAGUCCUGAAUGCCAGAGAGUGGACUGGCCAGUACACAAGAAGGUCUGUUGGGAACUUCAGCUCGUGGCUAUAGACCGGCUAUUGGAGUGGCUAGUGGUCACAGGUGACUUUUCCCUGCCUUCAGGGCCUUGGCCAUGGCCACCAGGGGCUGUUCGGGACUGGGAUACCUGGUUUUCAAUGUGGGGAACACAGCUGGAUACCAUGUUGGAAUCUGUACUGGGUAGCCAUGCAAUGUCUACCUUGUGGGACAAUGUGGGGCGGCCACGGCCAGACCCAGAUAGUCUACGGGGUUCCCUGCGCCGACUUCUGACAGAUACCUUUUCUCAGCCCCUGACAUUGGGAUUAGGGCUACGGACAUUGGUGGGGAAUACAGGGAAGCCAGGGGGGAUCACAGUGCAUGUAGUGGGUGCCUCCCAUGUAGAGACUUUCUUUACUAGCCACGGAGCCUAUGAGGAGCUUAAACAUAUGUUUCCUGAAUACGGUGGCCUCCACGUAGUCAUGGUUGGUGUGGACUUGCCUGUGGAGUCCCUCCCACAGCUCACCUCAGUCUUACCCUCAACUCGUGCUAUGAUUCAGCUCAGCAGCUACAGGGGCCUCUAUCAUGACUUCUGGGAAGAACAGAUAGAGACGGGCCAGGCAGUCUGGCCAGACCUUGUAGCAGGGUUUCAUCCAGGUUUCCAUGCCAGCCAAGACUUGAUGGCUGGCUGGUUGCCCACCCUACUGCUACUUCGUGAUAAUGAGAUCCCCACAAUCUUCACGGUGUAUAGUCAACAGGAGCUGACAGCCUCUCUGCAGAUCCUCGUGGAACUGGAGACUCGAAUCAUUGCUUAUGGAGAGAACCCUUUCGCUUCCCUUAAGCCUGAGCAAGCCUAUACCAACCCCAACAAGCAGCCUGUGUACUGCAGUGCCUACUACAUUAUGUUUCGGGGGACUUCCCACAGACUGGAUGGAGAGGAAGCAGUGGGGGAAAUGGAUAAUAGAAUUUAA